UCAAAUCUCUGAUAUGACUAAGAUGCUGUAGCUGACUGAGUCACGGUGCGGUCGUCUUUGUGCAACAGUGCCAAUGCCUGCACAGCAAGCAAAUGUCCCGACUCCUCCCCCUGUGCAAGCUGUUUAAUUCCCAUGAGGUGAUGCCCAGCUAGUAACUUAAUAAAGCUGCUGGAUGCAAUCCCGGGGCACAAUGUGUGGAUCAUGUUCGUCUGACAGACCUGCUCUCUUCUGCACUCCUGCUCUCACACAGCCUGCUGCUUUGCUGAGGUUCCUUUCCUGGUGUAACUGUCAGAGCAUAAUGGUGGCAUUUAAAGGAAUCUGGACCAAGGACUUCUGGAGGGCUGUGUCUGGAGAAUACCUGGCCACUCUCAUCUUUGUCCUUCUCGGUGUGGGCUCGACCAUCAAUUGGGCCGCCGGGGAGGAGAAGCCUCCCCCAGCCGACCUCGUCCUUAUCUCCCUGUGCUUCGGCCUGAGCAUCGCCACUAUGGUGCAGUGUUUUGGCCACAUCAGUGGCGGACACAUUAACCCGGCGGUCACCGCAGCUAUGGUUGUAACAAGAAAGCUGAGCCUGGCAAAGGGAUUGUUCUAUGUGGUGGCUCAGUGCCUGGGAGGCAUUACAGGAGCUGGGAUCCUCUACCUCGUCACACCUGCUGCUUUCAGAGGCUCCUUCGGUGUGACCACGGUGAACUCCAACAUCUCAUUGGGACACGCCCUUCUUGUCGAGCUCCUGAUCACAUUCGAACUGGUCUUCACCGUCUUCGCCACCUGUGACCCCAAACGCACGGACCUAGGAGGCUCUGCUAGCCUUUCCAUUGGCUUUGCUGUAGCUAUUGGUCACUUAUUUGCAAUCCCUUAUACAGGAGCCAGCAUGAACCCUGCUCGAUCUUUUGCGCCUGCGCUGGUCACACUUAACUUCGAGAACCACUGGGUGUACUGGGUGGGGCCCAUUCUGGGGGCGAUCCUCGCUGCUGGUCUGUAUGAGUACCUGUACUGCCCUGACCCGGAGAUGAAGAAGAGGCUGACGCAAGUCUUCCAGAAGGACCCAUCGGGGAAAUACAGGGAGGUGGAGACAGAGGACAUUGUCGUCAAGCCGGGAUCCAUCCACACCAUCGACCUGGAGAGAUCUGAGAAAAAGGAUCCUUUCCCGGACUCGACGGGAGAAGUGCUGUCCUCAGUAUGACUAUCACGUGCACUGGAAAUGGAGACCAAUCUGUAGAGCAGAAUGACAAUCAAACUUUGGAGUAUCCAUCUUGAGCUUGUCCCCCUCCUCCAGAGCAGAAUAUGAUUUCUGUCCACGAGGCUUCACAGCCAGGCAGAAUCACUCUCAUUGUCAUAAAGAUAAUAUGAUGUUAUGGCUCAAUCCCGUAACCUGUUCAAUACUCCUCCUGAGGCCCGUCCCUUAACGAUUUUGCAGCAGUGUUGGCAUGCGGCGCACAUUGCACGCUGCGGAAUGACAGCCUGCAAUACACCGUGCUAGGGAAAUAUGAGUGGGGUCAGCCAAUUAUGUGGGGUCAUCACGCCAAAUUGGAGAAAUGAAGAAGAAAAUGCAGGCUUGUUAUUUUUGGAUUAGUGUCACAUUUGGUCCAUGUACUGUAUAUGUAAUAACAGGAGUAAUAACAGGAGAGACUUGCACUCCUUGUAAUCAUUAAGGUUCCAAGAAAUGUAAGGCAGCUCUGACAAGCUUAUUACCAGAGUUGUAUUACAGUGCUCUCUAUUUUCAGUGCACUAGUCAGGGAAUCAACCAGUUCACGGACAUGGAGUCACUGAGGCUGCGGUCAUAUAGUCUUUUUUGCUUAGAAAGGUUCCUAACUGAUUAUCUAAGUGACCGUCAUAAUAAGCUGGUAAUAAUAAGUUCGAAUGUGAUCAUAAUAAGCUCUCUAAAUGCUAAGGAAAGGUGCUUGAAUAGCAUAGGAUAUACUGGACCAUCCUUUAGGAAAGGAAAGGAGAUAAUGCCAUCCCACAAUUCCUUGUGGCGGCAACAUUUACAUUAUAUUAACAGUAUGAAGGACUUAGGGGGAUCUUUUGGCAGAAAUAGAAUAAAAUAUUGAUCAGUAUGUUUUCUUUAGUGUAUAAUCACCUGAAACUAAGAAUCAUUGUGUUUUUGUUGGCUUAGAAAUGAGCAGUUUAUAUUUACAUAGGGAGCGGGUCCUCUUCAUGGCCGCCAUGUUUCUACUGUAGCCCAGAACAGACAAACCAAACGCUGGUUCUUGUUAGGGUCAUUCGCGUUUGCACGUUCUCGUGUUAGCUUCCGUAGUUCUCCUACAUGCUUGGCAUACGGGAGAAGUUUAAUUUGGUUGCAAUCUGCAACCUCACCACUAGAUGUCGGCGGAUCCGACACACUGCACCUUUAAAGCGGCGCACUAUCAAUAACAUCACCUUGUACAUUACGGAUCAAUAGAAAACAUCCCUCUUAGGUGGUGUGAUUCUAUUUUAGACAGAAAUGCUUACUUGAAUGUACUGCAUUGAGUUUGUUACUGUACUCAUUUUCUAUGUGUUAUAAAUAAAAUUACUUAAAAAUAGCAUAAGUGCAGUCAGAUUCUCUUAAACUUAAAUUUAAACUUUUUCCAUCAAGUAAAAGUGGUCAGGGAAAGACAUCAGGACGUCAUUUUUAGACUAUUCGACCGCAGCCACAGUUUAUCUCCACUCUUUGUUGUUGUUUUAUGUCUAUUACAACAUAAUGAUUUAAUUUUUUCUAUUUAGUAAAAAUUGUGAUACUUAGCUGUUUUAUAGAUCUAGAUUUAGUUCUUGUAACACAUUUUGUAUUUCUCUGUAUGAUUUGCUGUAUUUCAUGCUUCAGUUUUUAACUUAUUGAAAAGAUAUUUUGCUGAUCUGUCUUUCUGAUUUUUGCUCAGUUCUUGUUUCAUUCUCAUGAAGUGGAAGUUGUAAUAAUAAAGUUUUUUUUUUAUUUUU